AUGAAUCUCCGUGCUUCCGUCUUUCAUCCUACACUGCAGGUAAUGUUCUUAAUAUCCAGGCUGUUUCCUGACAGCCUAUUUAUUUUGCAUUCAUCCUGAUUUGUUUGCAGAGGUCAUAUGAUAUCACAUCAAACAAUUGUUACCUUACUUAUUCCAGUGCACUUUCCUGUCACUUUAUAUACUCUAAGGAGCCUGAUUUUUUGGGGGGGGGGGUGAGGAGCUGUGCAGAGUGCAGAACCCACUUCCAUUGCAUAAGCCAAGCCAUGGCUUGGUGUGAAUGGCAGGGUCUCGGAAAAGAGAUUGCACUCCUUUUGCUGCUGUGCCAUACUGAGCGAAUACAUACUUGACUUAGAAUGUUGUCCAAACCCUCUCCCAGACAAACCACAAGCUGUAAACUAUAGGGAAAACCAAGAUAGCUUCUAUAAACUGUACAACUUCAUGCGGGAAGUGGGAUGGCACAGCUUUGGAAGCAUAAAUCCACUUUUAAAAAAACGUAAAAUAUCAAAACAAAGCCACUUCCUAAACAGCUCUCCACAGCAACAAACAAAAACAGAAACACAUUAAGGAAACACCUUGUAUUUCGAGCUCAUGUUCAUACACUUAAAUAACAUAAACUUAAAACCAUUUGUAUUUGCAUAUAACUUUUAUUUUGACAUAUAUAUUACAGAAACUACCAUUUAACAUUUACUUAGUGCCAGUAGUGUGCCAGGCACUUCACAAUUCAGAAGUACAUAGAAGGCAUAGCUUUCCAGGAAAACAACCCAGUGCAUUCCCCAUGAAUACCCCACGCAACGAAUGCUGGAGUGCUCAUUUGGGGAGUGUGAUAAGAGGCACCUUCGCUGUAUCUCCAAAGGCAGUAGCACCACCAUGCCCCCAUGGAGGGGUCAGAUCUUGAUGGAGGUAGAGAGGCAGAUUUGUUUUUUGCCUGGUGCAUGAUGUGAUACAUGCAAGAAACCUUAUAAACCCAGAUCCAAUAGAAGGGGCCCCCUUUCUUGGCCUUUUGAGACCAGAACAACAAUCCCUGCUAGAUGUCUGUAUUAAACACCACAGAGGGACAUCUUUCCAAAUCCCAAAGCAGUCUGUGUAUACAGCAGGAGAUAUAGCUGUAGACUCUUUUCCUCCAAUAAACACUCAAUUCAGGAUCUGCAUUUAGAGCUGGAAUUCUCCAAACUCCUGGCCAUGCACACCACAUUGCCAUUAAGCAAUGUGAUUUGAAGAGGACAGCCCCUUUCCCUACUUGUGUUUAUUUCCCCGGAAGACGUUCUUUCUUCUUCCUCCAGCGAUUCACACGUCCAGCAGUGAUUCACUUUUCGAGCGAUCGCCUUGCAGGUAAGGAGGCAAGAUAAGGAAAAGCAAUUCCGCUGGAUGCACUGAUAUCCUGGGUACCUCUGGAUUAUUAGCUUCAUUCCCUUUGAAUCCCUGAGGGCAAGGGGGCUGUUAAAGCUGGGUGUGAUGCACGGAAAAUAAUAAGCAGCUUCUUAAAUAGAAUACAGAACAAAGGGAGAAGAUUCAUAGCUACAUUAUGGCUUCAAGUAUGUAUGUAAAAACUUAGCUGUCAUCCCCAAAGAUUUCCUCAGUGGCUCAUGUAGUUUAGACUGCUGAGCAGUCUACUUGGAGAAGCAUUGCCUCUACCUAUUUCAUGGCUAUAAACCCAGAGCUGCCACAAGUGUCACCAGGAGUGUUUCCUAUGCUCUAGAGGGGCAACCAAUUCUAUGGCACAGAUGGAGACUUUAAGCUGGAAACCCUUGAAGAAAUGAGAUGGACAGAAUAUUAGCUAAAGCCUUUAAUAUAUGUUGGGGGGGGAGGAGGAAAUUCAUUGCUAGGUAGGAGACAGUCAAAUGCUACUGACCAGCCCCCAGAAAUGGUGUUCAUUUGGAACCUAAGAGGCACCUGCUGCAUCAGACCAGUGGCCCAUUUAGUCAGUGGUCCAACCAGAUGCCUAUGGGAAGCUACAACAGCAUGCAUCCCUCCUGUGGUUCCCUGGGUGUGUACUGUCUCCGAAACUGGAGGUAGAACUUAUCCAUCGAUAGCCUUAAUCUUCAUGAAUUUGUCUAAUCCGCUUUUGAAGCCACGCGUUCUUCAAACGUUUAAACAGCAUGUCUCAAACCAAGAUGCUGGUGAAGCCCGAUCUCUGCCUCUACCCAGAACUCUAUGCUCUGAAAUUUAAAAUGCUUUAUCCAGCAUAAAUUAGGCAAACUUGCACAAAUGCUGAUUUUGCAGAAUUCAGACCGCACUCCUAAUUCCAUUUACUGGGGAGUGAGACCCACUGAAUUCAAUAGGAUUUACUUCAAAGUAGGCAUGAUUAAGAUUGUCUUGUUAGUCUGGUUUUCCUAAUCAUGGGGUGAAAAAGCUAUGGAGGUCACUGGUGCCCCACUGCUAGUCAUUAGAUAUUUUGGUUAGCCACCUCUGAGGUUUCAGCAGCAUUGCCCAUCAUUUCAGAUGUAUCUUCACAGUCAAAAGAGCUUAGAUUCUUGCUUAUUUUGUAGAAGAAUCAAUGCCGAGAUUCUCAAGAAAUUAAAUUCUGCAUCCAGUACCCUAGCCUGUGUUUCUGCAGCUUUGUCGUUUACAUAUGCCAUACCUGCAUUCACUGUAUCAUCAUUCAUAUAUAUAUAUAUAUAUAUAUAUAUAUAUAUAUAUAUAUAUAUAAUUUGAGUCACUUAUACAGCAGUUGCUAGCCUGGUCCCAAAUGACAGAAGAUAUGACACGACAUGUUUAAAUUUGAAGCAACUCAGAAUGGUGCAACCUUUUGAUCUACACAUAAUUCUCCAUCAGUAGAAACAAAAAUUCCUAAAGCGAUACAAAGAUUUAUUGGAGCAAUUCCCGUUCCCAACAGAUUCCUUUUCUCCCACAAUUUUACUUGGCUCUUCUUUGGCAGAAAUGGCUAUUUGUUGAAAAUACAUUGCUGCCACAAAUCUCUGUACGCGAGUUCUCGUUGCUAGAACUUUUACCAUCUCUGUAUCUCCAUGGACACUCUGGCUGGUGAAAUCCACAGUGGUUGACAGCCACUGUGUGGACCAGCUAGUACCAGGGCCUCCCUGCCUCCUGGAUUUGCUUUUUUACUCAAAUUUUUUGCCACCCAGCCCUUGAGCUGAGUGGCAGGAUGUGUACCUAUGCAGCAGGGAUGAGCAACCUUCUUCUUUCUUCCCUGCCAAGGGCCACAUUUCCUUGGGAGAAAUCUCCCAGGGCCUAUAUACUGGCAGUGGGCAGAGUCUGAGCCAAUGGCGGGUGGUGCCAAAGAUCAAAGUGUUUGGCAUAAACUAAACAAAUAAAAACCACCCUGUUUCAAUUUUCACCAUGAGUAGUACCUUAGAUUCCCAAUCUUUUGUAGAUCUACUUAGAAGUAAGCUACCAUAGGCUUGAUAGAUUAGAUCCACAUAAGUGUACAAUGGAUUUUUUUUGUACAACUGCUGUUCUGAAAAAGAUUAUUUUCCUACUUUAGUAUGAUACACAAACACACACAGCAGAAGCCUACUGAUCUGUUCUCAGACAAAUCCCAGUUUUAGCAUAGCCAGCGGUAAGGAAUGAUGAGAUGUGCAGCUUGUCGUCAGACUAUAGGUUCACUGGAAACAAAAUGGGACUUCAGAAAAGCAAGAUUGCAUUGGGCAGGGAUGAAGUUCAGCAUGCAUCAAGACAUAACCAUUACAAACCUUAAGGCCAUGGCAAAGUUAAAUUAUUGUUAGCCAAAUCAAACAUUUUAAACAAAACAAAUAUUGCUGGCAUGCACAUUCAGAAGAAAUCUAGGCGGUGUGACUUUUAAAAAAGCAAACAAACAAUGUACAGAAAAUGCAUACAUUGCUUCUAAGUAUUUGUCUUAAGAGCUCUUGGAAACCAAGAAAGAGAUGAAAGAAGCUACAAAGUAAGCUUUUGCCUUAUAAGCUUUGUAAAGGGAGGAACUGCAAAGCAAGGAAAAGGAACCCUUUGUGCUCAAAAUCUUGGCUUCACUGCAGUCAAUGCAGUUUUAUCCUAGUUUAAAAGCUAUAAAACAAGAGUUAAGUAAGCAAUGUGGACAGGUUGGUGGAGUGUUGUAAUUUUUUUGUAGCUAAGCAGGACUCUGCAGCUAAGGACUUUGAAAACCAGAACUCCUUCAAAUGGCAAGUUCCAGCUCUGCACAUUUGCUUGGAGUCAAGGACAGCUCCAAUCGUGCACUUCCAAAUCCCAUCAAUUUCAGUGGGAGACAUAAGCACAUGCUCAACUUUCACACUAAAACCUGUAGGAAAUGCAGCCUGAUCUGCAUAUUUACUCUGAUCGGAUUGCAUUUAUUAGGGCAAAGUUAGAGAACCUGUGGCCCUCCUUACAGCUCCCAUCAUCCCUGACUACUGCCCAUGCUGUAUGGGGCUGAUGGGAGUUUGUGUCCAAUAACAUCUGGAGGUCUACAGGUCCCCCAUCCCUAUCUUACGUUAGGGAUACCAAUUCAUUUGUAUGCCAUUUGCGUCAAAGGGAAUUGAAGCUUUGGGCUAGUGAUUGUCAAAGGGGUAAAUAAUUAUAAUGGAAUCAAACAAACAAAAAAUGCCUUCCCCAAUUCCUUCAACAACUUUUUGCCCCCCUCCCAAACUGCAUACACAGACUACCUGGUCAAGCUGGACAGCAAUAAUGCUGGCACGCAAGGAACCAAGAGAUCUCUGCUGCAUGAAAAGAAGCGUAUUCAUAACUUCUGCAAUGGCUGGCGCUCUCCACUGACAGAGAAGAAUCACUGCAACUAA